GGCCUGGCCCGCCGGUCCAGCCACUCUGCUCUCCCUCCCUCUGCUCAGUCUGGCUGGCAGGAGGCUGGGACUCCGCCUGUGGCGCCCCAGGCCUGCUGACCCACCGGCCUAGGAGCACCCGCCAAGCUCAGGGUCACCGUGGAGGCAUCUGCCGGCCAUGCUCAGCCUCAAGCUUCCCCAACUCCUUCGGGUCCACCAGGUCCCCCGGGUGUUUUGGGAAGAUGGCAUCAUGUCUGGCUACCGCCGGCCCACCAGCUCCGCCUUGGACUGUGUCCUCAGCUCCUUCCAGAUGACCAACGAGACGGUCAACAUCUGGACUCACUUCUUGCCCACCUGGUACUUCCUGUGGCGCCUCCUGGCGCUGGCAGGGGGCCCCAGCUUUUGGGCGGAGUCGUACCACUGGCCGCUGCUCAUCUUCCUGCUGCCCGCCUGCCUCUACCCCUUUGCGUCGUGCUGCGCGCAUACCUUCAGCUCCAUGUCGCCCCGCGCGCGUCACAUCUGUUACUUCCUGGACUACGGCGCGCUCAGCCUCUACAGCUUGGGCUGCGCCUUCCCCUAUGCGGCCUACUCCAUGCCGGCCUCCUGGCUGCACGGCCACUUGCACCAUCUCUUUGUACCCACCGCCGCACUCAAUUCCUUCCUGUGCACCGGCCUGUCCUGCUACUCUCGGUUCCCCGAGCUAGAAAACCCUGGGCUCAGUAAGGUCCUGCGCACAGCCGCCUUCGCCUACCCCUUCCUGUUUGACAACCUCCCGCUCUUCUAUCGGCUCGGGCUGUGCUGGGGCAGGGGCCACGACUGUGGGCAGGAGGAGCUGAGCACCAGCCACGGCUACCACCUCUUCUGUGCACUACUCACGGGCUUCCUCUUUGCCUCCCACCUCCCCGAGCGUUUGGCACCAGGACGCUUUGACUACAUCGGCCACAGCCACCAGCUGUUCCACAUCUGUGCAGUGCUGGGCACCCACUUCCAGUUGGAGGCGGUGCUAGCUGAUAUGGGCUCGCGCCGAGUGUGGCUGGCCACACAGGAACCCGCCCUGGGCCUGGUGGGCACGGUGGCCACACUGGGCCUGGCAGUGGCAGGGAACCUGCUCAUCAUUGCUGUCUUCACGGCCGCCCUGCUUCAGGCCCCCAGUACAUGCCCCCUGCUACAAGGGGGCCUGCCGGACGGGGCUACCCAGGCCAAACAGCAGUGAGGCUGCACCCCUCCCCUGCCCUGAUGGGAGGCAGAGGCCAGGCCCAGUGCUGGGGAGAGCUCCUGUCGCAGGCCUGACUGAGUCGGGGGUGCAGCUGAGAAGGCAGAGAGAAGGCAGAGGGGAGGAGAGAGGGGCUGGGGGGUGCUGAGAGUGGGCGG